UAGCCCCCAACCCCGGAAGUCCUUACGCAGUUUGAGAUGGCGGCAAACGAGGAGAAUCACAAGCGGCCGCUGCAGGAGGAUCCUAUCGUGUCCUUAGCCGACGUUCUGGAGGAGAACGAGGAGUUGGAGCACGAAGCGUGCGCGGUUCUGGGUGGCAGCGACUCCGACAAAUGCUCUUACCCGGAGGGCUAUGUGAAGAGACAGGCACUGUAUGCUUGCAACACAUGUACGCCCAAAGGAGGACAGCCUGCCGGCAUCUGUUUGGCUUGCAGCUACAAGUGUCAUGAAGGCCAUGAGCUGUUUGAACUUUACACUAAAAGAAAUUUCCGCUGUGACUGUGGGAACAGCAAGUUUAGUGAUCUGCAGUGUAAGUUUUUCUCGGACAAAGAAAAAACAAAUUGCAAGAAUAAAUAUAAUGACAACUUCUUUGGACUGUACUGUACCUGCAAGAGGCCUUAUCCAGAUCCUGAAGAUGAGACCCCUGAUGAAAUGAUUCAAUGCGUGGUGUGUGAAGACUGGUUCCAUGGAAGGCACCUUGGUACUGUUCUCCCUGACAACGUGGAGUAUCAGGAAAUGGUGUGCCGAAGCUGUAUGAAGAGAUGCUCCUUUCUCUGGGCCUACGCGACACACUUGGCAGUUAUCAAGGCAACAGAUGGUGAGAACAGUGCACCGUUGACCAAGUUGGAGGACAGCAACGUUGAUGUGUGUACGGUGCAGGAAAAUGGUGAUUCCUGUAACCAAAAAGCAGUGAAAACUGAAGAAAGUGAAGCCAAGCAGAAUGGACCCUCCACAAGCUGCACAGCUGAGCAAUCUGAGGCAGUGAGUGACGACGAAGCAAGUUGCAGUGUGAAAGAGGAGGAUGCUGGCUGCAAACUGCAACAGCUGAGGAAGAGAGGGGGCAUGCAGAGAGACUGUGCCACCUACUGGCCUCAUAACUGGCGUAACACGUUGUGCACCUGCCCAUCCUGCAUGAACCUGUACAAAGAACUCGAAAUCUCGUUUCUUUUGGACGAGUUUGACACAGUACUGGCUUAUGAGAACAAAGGUAAAAGUGAUGAAGAGACUGAUCGAGAGAGAAGUGACCCACUGAUGGCUGUCCUGAGCAAUAUGAAUAGAAUCCAGCAAGUUGAACUCAUUUAUGAAUACAAUGAUUUAAAAUCUGAAUUGAAAGAUUACCUGAAGAGAUUUGCAGAUGAAGGAAAGGUGGUUACAAGUGAAGAUAUCCAGCAAUUCUUUGAGGAGCUUCAAUCAAAGAAGAGACGGCGAGUGGACGGGAUGCAGUAUUUUUGCAGUUAAACUACCAUAACAUUCAGUCAAAACAUGUGCAAAAUGUUAUCAUAACAACGGCACUUUUAAAAUUAACUGGUUGUCCCCUGUUUAUUUUACUUGGCCUCCUUGGUGUAAUUCAAGCAGAAAUGGUUUAGUGCAGAGGUUCCUGAGCUUUUCUUGCGCCAUGGACCCCUACCAUUAAUGGAGGGGUCCAUAGACGCCAGGUUGGGAACCCCUGGUUUAUUGAGAAGACGCAAUAGAGAAUUCAUAGCAUCAGUUCACUUCAGUAGGGGAAGAGUAGAAAUGAUACUUUUAUAAGAAAUUAACAGCUUGGACUAUGUAUGCACAGGUAAUUCUUUUUAAACUCAUGGUUUAUAAUAAGCAUUGGGACAAAUGAGACCUUCAAACAGGACAGUGGCUCUAAUACAUCCAUGCUGCCUUCAUCCACCAACUAAAUACCCACCCCGACAAGCUGUUUAACAGCAGUGUGCGGUAAAUAUUGAAAUCAAGCCAUACCUGUAGCCGAGAGCUCUCUUGUUCACCUACUUUAAAACCAGCUUCAUCUAGCCAGAAGGGGCAAGUUCAUAGCUUCAACUAUACACUUAAAACUGCAAAUCAAGGCACUAAGGUUCAUAUUGAGAUUGCUAAGAAACUAGCCAUCAUUUGACAGUGAAGAUCUUUAAUUGACAAUUAUUAACCUGAAACCAUGUUCUACAAGUUGCUUCAUUUACAGCAAGCAUAAGGAAUAUCUGUCUGUGUCGCACCCUGUAAUUUUUAACGUUGGAACUGAAAUAUGAAAAGCUGACCGACAUGUUGAAUCUGUUCUGUUACUAAUGCUUUAAUGUUCAUGGGUUAGGGAGAAGCCAAUAAAAAUUUAGUUACUUU